AUGACCAAAAAAAUUGCACCUGUUUCACUUGGGAAAGUCGUGAACCCCAAUGAAACGCGUUUGUGUUUAUGCACCACCCUAAGCCCAGUUCUGAGGAUAUCCAGAUUGCUAGGAUUGUUCCCCAUUACCUGGACCCACGAGAAUAACAGAUGCACCUACAAAAAAUCCUUGUUCUGGGUAUUUUACACGUUGUUGGUGAUCUGCUUGUACAUCUACCAAGUCGGCACCUCCGUAGAUUUUUUGCACCUAGCGAAGAAAAAGUCUUUGCUGAUACUUCUGAAUGAAAUAACCGAAGCAAUUUAUGGAGUUUAUAUCCUAAUUCUGACCGUAGCAAACUUCACAAGGCACCCGCAGUGGAUCAAGGCUUUGAACGAGUUGUUGCCCGUACUUAAGCAUGACCUUUUUUGUCAAUCUGCGAUGAAGGUUGUAGUCAAAGUGCAGUACGGGUUGAUAGCUACGAUAAUAUUCGUCUCGAUGUUAGAGAUCACAGUGUUACUUUGGUUGCACUACUCCGAAGGUUUCCAGACUAACUUCGACGUAAACAUCUUCAUAAAUCGUGGCGUUUUGGCUUGUUUCGAGAAACUCAUUAUAAAGGCUUUGAAGCAUGUUCCUGUCCAUCCAAUGAAGGAAAUUAACGAAACCAACAAUGAAAGCGAGUUUUUCGGAGUGAUAUACUACAAGCUCUGCAAAAGUGAGCAUCACUGCACUACGAAAAUGGAUAAGCUGUCGCCUCCAGAUUUAGUGGAGCAUCUGAGGAUUCUGCACGAAGAAAUCAGUUUGUGUAUUUAUAAGUUCAACGACUGUAUGAAUCCUCAGUUUCUGGUGCAUACUGGUGUUGAGCUAACUGUCCUGAUUAUCCACUGGUAUGCCGUUAUAGCCUAUAUGGUCUAUAAUUUUAAGUCACCUUUUGCGAAAACUAUACACGUUAUGAAUUGCUCUUUUGUGAUACAGCACACUAUUGGACUGUUCCUGUUUCUGAAGAACGCUCAACACUUGAAGAACAUGAUUGAAGGCCUGACAAUUUUUUUACUGGAGUAUUCUACAAGAAUAUCUACCCCAGAGGAACACCAGCAAGUUCGGAUUUUUAUUGAAAAAUUGAAGAAAAACAGACCGUUUACAGCGAGUGGAGUUUUUACUAUUGACCUUGGAAUAGCAGGACCAAUUUCCGCUAACAUCCUCACAUAUGUUUUGGUAGCUUUACAAUUUGAAUUACCAGAAGAGUGAGCCAGUCACUAAUACUGCAAACUCACGUUCUUUAAUAGACCAUAUUUAUAAGUACUAUUCUUA